AUGGGAGUGGGGAAGAGCGCGGAAAAUGUCAUUCAGGACCAGGAAAUACUGACAUCCAAAUAUGGUCCUGGUAUUGGAGCCGUCGAAGCAAAGCCAAGCGAAGAGGAAAUUGCCCUGGAGAAGAAAUUGCUGCGAAAGAUCGAUUUACUCAUUAUGCCCCUUAUCGUGGUCAUUUAUCUGAUGAAUUUCAUUGACCGGAACAACUACGCUGCAGCCAGAUUACAAGGCCUGGAAGAUGACCUGAAUCUUACCUCUGAGCGAUACCAGGCUGGGCUGGGAAUAUUCUUCGUUGGAUACAUUCUCGGUAGUGUACCCUCAAACCAAGUAUUGAAUUACACCGGUCGCCCGUCACUCUACCUCGGCCUGACGACAAUCGCAUGGGGCCUUGUAUCUGCUCUAACAGCGUUGGUUCAAAGCUAUGGUGGAAUUCUUGGUUGUCGGUUAGCACUUGGUUUCGUGGAGGCUCCGUUUUUCCCAGGUGUGCUCUUCUACUUAUCCAAGUGGUAUACGAAGGCGGAACUCAGCAUGCGAAUGUCUCUCUUCUACAUUGGGUCUCUGAUUGCUGGGGCUCUCGGUAGUCUGAUUGCAGCCGGUAUUCUUCACGGCCUGGCUGGCAGACACGGGCUCCCCGGCUGGCGAUGGUUAUACAUAAUAGAGGGAGUCAUCACCGUUGUUCUUGGGUUCCUUGUGAUACUCGUUUUACCGGAGUUUCCACACACCUGGAAGGGUCUUUCGCCAGAGUUGAGACGAGUGGCCAACCGUCGAAUGGCGAUUGAAGCAGCUGAAGCCGAUAUAGAUGAAGGAGAGAGAAUGUCACAGGUGAAGGGCUUCAUUCUGGCAAUGAAGGAUAUACGAGUCCAUGUUCUGGCAUUUGCCUUUAUGUGCAAAUCGGCAGCAGGGGGGUUUUCCUUCUUUUUUCCUACUCUGACCAGUACUCUUGGCUAUAGCAAUACUGUAUCUUUGCUGCUCUGUGCUCCACCAUACGCCUUCGUGGCCCUCUGGAGUAUCGGGCAUUCAUGGGCGUCCGACAGACUGCGCAAACGAUUCUGGUUCUUGAUUUAUCCGAUGCCCGUCGUGAUUAUCGGCUGGAUCAUCUUCAUGACCACUGACUCCUUCGGGCCGAGAUAUCUCUCGCUUUUCCUGAUGUUGAUGAUCUUCUCUAUCAAUGGAACAUUCUUCGCGUGGAUUGCGACUAGUAUUCCCCGACCACCGGCGAAACGCGCAGCAGCAUAUGCCUAUAUCAACGCUGUUGGAGGCAGUGCUUCCAUCUGGACGCCCUUUACCUACCGCGACGAGGACAAGCCCCAUUAUCGUCCCGCACUUGGCCUGAACAUUGCUCUGUGGGUAGUUACAGCUGCCUGCUUCGUGUUCAUGUACUUCAGCCUGACGCGAGAAAAUAAGCGUCUGGACCGACUAGAAGAUGAGGACGUGCCUCUGAGCCACGAGGACUUUGAGCGGUUGCAAAAGACUGCGGAGAUAGAGGGAGUCGAUAUUGCGACUGCGCGGAGCUUGCAGAAAACCCAUCGAUAUGUGAUUUAA